AUGCAUCUUACCUCCGCGACAUACGUACUGGCCGCUGCCCUUCUGGCGAAUGGAGCUAUUGCUGCCCUAUUUAUGAAUCCUGAUUCCGACAUCGAGGCGCGAUUCAUGAAGCCUAACUCCGGCAUCGAGGAACGAUUCAUGAGUCCCGAUUCUGAGAACAAAAAACGCUUUAUGAAUUCUGAUUCUGAUAUCGAGACACGCUUCAUGAAGCCCGAUUCCGAUGCCGAUGCAGCGUAA